GUCGCUUGCUGUGUCUGUAGUUUUUUAGUAGCUUCCUGUGGACUUUAUUCUAAUUUUUUUAAACCCCAAAUAAAAUGGCUUUACCUGGACAUUCUCCCAACAGAAAUCUGGGAAAAGAAAAGUUUCACAAGUCUCAGCAUUUUGAUUACUCCAAUGAUGUACCAAUGAUGGUGGGAGCAGAGAAGCCUGGCAUUGGAGGAGAACUGCUCUUGGGCCAAAGUGCACGACCUAAAUACUCACUGUUUCCCAAAGCAGAAGGCAGCAAGGCCCCCUCCUGGGUAGCAUUUGACAAGCAGGUUCUUUGCUUUGAUGCAUAUUUCCAAGAAGCUGUUACACAAAGCAGAGAGGAAACUUACAGGAUUCGAAAAUGUAAGAUUUAUUUCUACUUGGAGGAUGACACCAUACAAGUUGUGGAGCCAGUGCUCAAAAAUAGCGGCAUGCAACAAGGAACAGUCAUCCACCGCCAGCGCAUUCCUCUUACAGCUCCUGAUAAUGAGGAGUUUUACAAUGUGCAUCACUUUAACAUCAACCAAGAGAUCGUUUUUUACUCUAGGACAUUUAGGAUAACAGAUUGUGACCCUUUCACACGCAACUUCCUAAUUAAAAUGGGUGUACGUCUCAACAUCCCUAGUGCAGCACCAACAGACCCAUAUACCAAACUUCGUCAGGAGUUUGAGGAAAGCAUGAAACCACUGCGUCCAUAUGAAAGACAGGAUACCUUAAAGCAGUUCCUUGACCAAGAUCCCAAAGUUCUGCGUUUUUAUUGCUACUGGGAUGAUACCCAAAGCAUGUUUGGAGAUGCCAGAGAAUUGAUCUUGCACUACUUCUUGGCUGAUGACACUAUAGAAAUACUAGAGGUCAGAUAUGCAAACUCUGGCCGGGAUACUGCUCCUAAAUUCUUAAACAGGAGCAAGCUUCCAAAGCAUGCUCCUACUCCCAUACGCUUGCCUGGAGAAAUAACAGACCGUACUGUCCUCAAUGCGUUCGGGCCAGCUGGACAUGGGGGUCGCUACAUUUUGGACAGCCUCAAUACUGGUGCUGUACAUGAUGAGUUUUACACGGAUCGUGACCUGACCCUAGGAGGGGUCAUUAACGUCUGGGGCCGGAGAGUGAUUAUUUGUGACUGCGACAACUUCACCAAAGAGUACUAUCGUUCCAAGUAUAGCGUCGUGGACUUCACUCCUGUGAAGUUUAAGGAGUCGCCACCAGCUAAAGCAGCAGUCCCAUUCCCUCCUUACACUGGCUUUGGAUCGGAGGAGGACUCCCUUUGUUCCUGCCAGGGGCUGCUGCCCAAACCCCCCCAGAAAGACUUCAAGAAGCUAAUGGAAAAGGACAGGCAGGGAAUGGUGAGCCAUGUACUGAGAUUUGUAGGCAAGAUGCUGACAGACGACCCUGCUGACAAAGAGCGCACAUUUAUCAUCUCCUUCUACCUCAGUGAUGACACUAUAGCAGUGUUUGAACCCACCCAAAAGAACACGGGAGUUAUUGGAGGUAAAUACCUGGAGAGGUGCCGUGUGAAGAAGCCAGGACAGGAGCUCUUUAAAAGUGAGAUGUCGGAGUACUACAAAGCUCAAGAUUUGUAUGUGGGAGCCAGACUCAGUAUAAAAAACCAUCCUUUUCAGUUAGUGGAUGCUGAUGAGUAUGCUUUCAACUAUAUGGAACAACAUGCAGAAGAGUUCCCCAGGGCCAACAUUUGCACUAUUCAGAGCAAGUUAAAGUCAAUUCCUGAAGAGAAGAGAAAGAAAAUCAAACAGUUCCUGGCACUAAGUGACUCAAGUAACACUGGCUUCAUUCCCUACGAGUCUUUUAGGUCUCUGUUGGCAGAUAUGGACCAUCAGCUGUCAGAGCACGAGAUCAUGACAUUAGGCCGUACCUACGCGGCGAGAGAACAGCCUGAGCUGGAUUUGAGUCGCAUACUGGCCAUUGCUCAGGAUCACCUGAAGAAGAAACAAUUUGAGAGUUUCGCAGACAUGCUGCGAGCUUUCACCCAUGAGGACAGAGACAGAAGUGGGCAUCUUUCCACUAAGGGGGCUAGGAUCAUCUGCAAAUCCUUUCACUUACCACUGGAUGAUGAACUUUUGACAGCCCUUCUGCACAAAUAUGAAAAUGAGUCAGGGUGGAUGGACUAUCAUGCUUUCCUGUCAGGGAUCAACUGGAGAGAGAAUGCCUUUGUACCACUUCCACCAGAUGCUGCCAUGAAAUUUGAUAUAGACUGGAAAGGAGGAGCAGUAGGCCCUGAAGUAAAGACCAUCAACUACUCUCUGUUACUGGAGGAUGUCUUUUGCAAUGCCCACACCAAUACAGUCAGCUGAGAGGCAUGGAGACGUUCUGUCUCCCACAGACAGCAACAUACCGUAAACAAUGAGAACAUGAUUGGACCUAUGUUAAUGAAAGAAAGGUUCAAAUUAAGGUAUAACCUAUUAUAUCACCUUUGUGCAGUAUAUUUGUGUAUGUUUAUUAUGUGUAUGUGUAUCUUAUACAUAGAGUAGAUAAAUGAUAAAGGUAAAAAUUAUUAGCAAAGCUGUAUCUCAUCAUGUGCUACCAGAACAGCUUCACUGUGCCUAGGUACAGAUUCUACACAUAUCUGGAACUUUACUGGAGAAAUAAGAACCAUUUUUCCCAAAGAUAUUUCUUCAGUUGCUUUUUUAAGGAGCUAGUGGAUGGGAGUGCCUUCUAAAACUUUCCUCCAAUAUCUCCAGUAGGUGUUUAUAAGUGUUGCAAUCUGGUGAAUGUGAGGUGAUUCCCAAAGUGUUUUAUUCCUCUUAUACCACAACAAGUUUGAUUUAUUAAAGAAUAAUCUCCCUAUUUAUAGUUACAUUUAUUUUUGUGACAGACUUAAAUAAUGUUAUUAUGUUGUUAUUACUUAUAUUAUGUUGCUAUGACUACUAUAAGCAAUAUACAAUAUAUUCCUGAGAAACUAGAAAUGCCUUUGUUACGUUGCCAACAUCUUAUCUGAAUUAUGCUAUUGGAGAAAAUUAUUUUUAUGAAUAUAAAUAAGAAUGAAGUCAGAGAUGUACAUGCUGUAUACCAAAGCAUGUUUUAUAUAUGGACUUGCAGUCACGGGUAAUUCUUGCAUAGGUCACAACAGGCUGUAAUUAGGCACAUGAUUUGUAAGUGGAUUAUGCAUAACAUAAAAAAGUUAAAGCCUUAGUAAUCAAGGUUUGAUCAUUGAAUGAAUCAUGAUGAGUAAAUUACUUCACACAAGCAUGACUGAAUCUUUGUCCCGAGCCACUACACUUACCAAGUCAUCAACUUUGUGGUCUAUAAUACAAAAGGUCUAUUAGUGCCCACUGCAUAUUUUACCCAAUAUCCUUUCUAAAAUAGGAGUAUGAGCAGGAUGUGAGACACUGUGCUUUCUCCGGACAGUACGUGGACAUCAGAUAAACCUAAAAAUGAAUAUAAUAUACUUCUUAUUCAUUUGCAAUUCUCUUCUGUGUCUACAAAAGUCAGUCACUGAUGAACAUGUGUUUACUGUAUGAAAACGUCAUUGCUAAAUCUUUCCAUUUUCUAUCAUUUGAUCCAAGGAAAGAUAAAUUUAGAGUUCCUAAGUAUCAGCUGAUUCAAUUGGAACAAAUGCAAAUUCUUAUUGGGUAUAAUAAUUACUGUAUUCUGGAUUUUAAUGUUGCCUGGUUCAUGAAAACACCAUAAAAAUGUGUGGAAUUGACAGUGUUUAUGUUUUUUGAUAAUGGAUAAACAUCUUUAAAUACUUAUAAAAUUGUAUGUGUGGCCAGUGAAGCUGAAAUAACAGCUGUAAAAAAAUAAA